UUCCUUCCUUCCUUCCUUCCUUCCUUCCUUCCUUCCUUCCUUCCUUCCUUCCCUCCCAUCCCCGCUCUCUCUUUCUCUUUUCUCUGACCUCCUCACAGCUUCCCACUUGGUCACUCCAGAGUGCACACAGCGGAGAGUUUUGUCAGCCCAGCUCCGGAGCAGAACCCUUCAGCCACUGAGCAAAAGAGAGCCAAGCAAGGACCGCUGGAAGCCAGAGCAGAGCGGAGGGAAGCUGGUUGGUGCCAGCUCAGCUUCCAUGUGUGCCUGCCCACCGAUGCUAAACCGGCUGCUGCAGCUCUGAAGGAGGCUGACUGAGCAUGCGGGACAAAGUUGCUCUCGGGAGUUGAAGGACUUGGGCUAGGAAGUCAAGAGCAACUUGCAGCGAGCUGGCUGGCUCCCUCCGGGCUCCUGUUAAAUGAAACCACCUGAGGAAUAUGAGAUUUCCUACUGGAGAGGGAGGGAGGAUGCCAAGCCGGUAAGGAGGGAGAAAGGCGCAUUUUAAGUCUCCAGUGUUGUUUGCAUAGAGGGGAGGGGGAGAGAAGGAGAGAGUGUCAAGAGUAAAUGAGGGAGGGAGGGGAACUGAUACGGGCACCUAAUGCCAGCUGCAAAGAUGACCGAGACCCUUCAGCUCCCGGCACUGCAAGUCCCAGAGCAGCAGGUGGCAGAGUGCGGCCACGCCUGGUCCAGUUCGUCCACACCGACCCUGCGCCGAAGGCGGUUCAGGAUGAGGCGUGCAAGGAAUGUCCAGGAUCCGAGCCUAGAGACUGCGCCCUCCAGCAAGGAGUUCCUACAGCUCCCCUCCAUUGAAAUCACCCCUUCCAGCGAUGAGGACACCCCUUGGUCUAACUGUUCCACUCCCAGCGCCUCUCCACGGCGCAAGCGCUUCCUUCUCCGCAAAUGGUUGAAUGUGAGGGAGAAGAAGGAAUGCAGUGAGAGCAGCAGCCAGCAGAGCAGCCAGCAGAGCAGUCAUGAUGAUGACCCAUCCCGAUUCCUGAGCCCCCGAAUGCGUGACAACGGCACUGCCAGUAACUCAAAUCGCAGCAGUCCUGCUUGCUCCCCUAUCCUGCGCAAACGCUCCCGGUCUCCAACGCCACAGGACCCCCAAGGAGACGCCAUGGUGGAGAAAGGCUCAGACCACUCUUCAGACAAAUCCCCUUCCACACCAGAACAAGGCGUGCACCGUAGCUGUUCCUCUCAGUCGGGUCGUAGCGGGGCCAAGAAUUCCAAGAAAAGCCAGAGUUGGUACAAUCAUGAACGACAGCACAUCCGCAGAGUGCUGAGCCCAACCUACAAGCAGCGCAACGAAGACUUCAGGAAACUCUUCAAGCAGCUCCCCGACACAGAGCGCCUCAUAGUUGAUUACUCCUGUGCACUUCAAAGAGACAUUCUUCUGCAGGGCCGACUCUACCUCUCUGAAAACUGGAUAUGCUUCUAUAGCAACAUUUUCCGCUGGGAAACACUGUUGACUGUCCGUUUGAAGGACAUCUGCUCUAUGACCAAGGAAAAAACUGCACGGCUCAUUCCUAAUGCUAUCCAAGUUUGCACUGAUACUGAAAAGGUGCGUCUUCUCUGCUUCACUUUGCCAAAUCUCUGUUCUCCACAGCACUUUUUCACCUCCUUCGGCGCCCGAGACAGGACAUACAUGAUGAUGUUCAGGCUCUGGCAGAAUGCCCUCCUUGAAAAGCCCCUGUGUCCAAAGGAGCUCUGGCACUUUGUGCACCAGUGUUAUGGUAGUGAACUAGGGCUGACGAGCGAUGAUGAAGACUACGUGCCUCCCGACGAUGAUUUCAACACGAUGGGCUACUGUGAAGAGAUCCCCGUGGAAGAAAUUGAGGUGAACGACAGCUCUUCUAAAAGCAGCAUGGAGGCCAAACCGGAGGCGAGUCCUCUGCUUCCUAAGAAGUCUGUCAUCAAUAGCACAUUGACACCGACAGGAAGCAGUGAAGCUCCAGUCCCAUAUGAAGGAGUAGUUCUCGAGGAAGAGGAGGUCAUUGACGUCACCUCAGAGAAGGAGCUGACAAUCGCAAACCUUAUCGGAGACAAGAUUGAGAUAAUUGCCCCCAUUAAUUCCCCCUCCUUGGACUUCAAUGACAAUGAGGACAUUCCAACUGAACUCAGCGAUUCCUCGGAAACUCACGACGAAGGGGAAGUUCAGGCCUUUUACGAUGAUCUGAAUGGACGGCAGUACAUGAACGAAGUCUUCAAUUUUAGUGUGGAUAAGCUGUAUGACCUGCUCUUCACAGACUCUCCGUUCUUGAGGGACUUCAUGGAGCAGCGGCGGUUUUCUGACAUUGUCUUUCAUCCCUGGAAGAAGGAAGAAACUGGCAAUCAGAGCAGAAUUAUCCUUUAUACCAUCACCCUCACCAACCCUCUAGCCCCCAAAACUGCCACUGUCACUGAGACUCAGACAAUGUACAAAGCAAGCCAAGAGAGUGAGUGCUACGUGAUAGACGCAGAGGUGCUAACUCACGAUGUCCCCUACCAUGAUUAUUUCUACACAAUUAAUCGUUACACAUUGACGCGCGUUGCCAGAAACAAAUGCCGACUCAGGGUUUCUACAGAGCUACGAUACAGGAAACAGCCAUGGGGGCUGGUGAAGUCUUUCAUUGAGAAGAACUUCUGGAGUGGCCUAGAUGAUUAUUUCCGCCAUUUAGAGAGUGAACUGACCAAAACAGAGAGCACAUAUCUAGCCGAGCUCCAUCGAGAAUCCCCCAAAGUGAAGGCAAGCAAGCAAUCCACAGUGCGCCGGAGGAAGCGGCCCCAUACUCACCUGAGGGGGCCACACCUGGAGGAAGUGCUGAGCCCUGUAACCACCCCCACAGACGAGGAAGCUGUAGGUCGAAUCAAGCGUGUGGCAGGUUCCACUCAAACACGGCAUAUCCCUGAGGAGAGUCCCAGCGGCUUCCACCUGCAGAGCGUCUCCAAAUUGCUGCUCAUUAUCAGUUGUGUUCUGGUGCUUUUGGUAAUCCUCAACAUGAUGCUGUUCUACAAACUCUGGAUGUUGGAAUACACUACUCAAACCCUCACAGCAUGGCAGGGUCUACGGUUACAGGAAAGGUUACCCCAAUCCCAGACUGAAUGGGCCCAGUUAUUAGAGUCCCAGCAGAAGUAUCAUGACACAGAGCUUCAGAAGUGGCGGGAGAUCAUCAAAUCGUCCGUGAUUCUCCUAGAUCAGAUGAAGGACUCGCUAAUAAACCUCCAGAAUGGAAUCGGGUCCCGUGAAUAUCGGCCGGAGCCGGACGAGAAACGGAAACGGUUCCACUAGCAGGAAGGAGGAGCCCAAGUGCGGCCAGAGGACUGUGUGCAAUACAUGUACAUAGAAUAUAUAAAUAUAUAUAUAUACAGAAUAUAAAUAUAUAUAUAUAUAUAUAUAUUAUAUACAGAUUUUAAAAGAGAGAGCGAGAGAAAAAUGAAGCCUACGUACUGAGAAGAGAGAGCGGUGUGUUGAUCCGACCUCCAGCACUGGAUGAAAUGGAGCGUCAUCUGGGAUAGGGGCAGGAUGUGGCCGGGGUUGUGCUCCCCCGGCACCGAGGCAUUGUGGGAAAGUGCACCCCGUGCCAUCCUGGGGCCCUCCCCCACACCUCUCUUAGUAGCUGUUUGUCCGUCUGCCUGUCUGUCUCCCCCUCUCUCCAUCUGUCUGGGUGGGGUGGGGGUGUCGUUGGGGGGUAUUUCACCCAAAGGGAAGCAUCAGAAGGCGUGAGAUCCCCACCCUCUCCUCCACGUUUUUCUGAAAGCGAGAAGAUGCUUAUAGGAGAUACUGUCUACUCUGACUCUCAGGAUAGUCGCUGAGGCUGGCAGGAUGAAACCUCUUAACUGCUGCUAUCACUUUUUUUCCUGGCCAGCUCUGUUGGAACGGCUCUGGGUGGCCCAUCAAACAAGUGUUUGCUUCACAGCCUCCUUUUUACAGGGUUAUCCUUUUAAUGCUGACCUGGCUUGGUGCAUGCUUCCCGUAGCCCUUUCUGCACCUCCAAUGGAGUACGUGACUCCGAAGAGGGCGUAGCAGCCUCAUUGUGUCCUGGAGCGAGUUUUGCAAUACAGGUAGCCAGGGAUUGCUUCUUGAAUGCUCCCAGGUUCAGCUCAGUCCUUGAUGCUCAUUCUCUUCACAUGGGAGGAGUUAGGUGAAUGUAACCCCCCCCCUCCGUUUUAGUUUGACAGUGUUGUCCCCUUUUGGUGUCGGAGACGUGCGUUUGCAUUUCCAUCUAUGUAUAUCGUGGGAAACUGCUGCUUCACUGAAAGGGCUAUACACAUAUAUCCUUACCAGAGUGGGGUGGGUGGGUCCCAAAGCAAGUUUCACAUAAAGAAAAACCACCCCCCAAUUUCCCUCUUUCCCAAUUUCCCUUCCCGAAAACAAAUGAGUUGAUGGUACCGAGCUUGGAUGCUUGGAAGUCCUUGCCCCGGUUCACGGGCUCCUUUUGCAUGGAUUAUUUGCAUCUUUUGUGUCCCGCUGCAUCCAGGAGAAGUGCAGAAAGAAAACCAGACCCUUACUACUAAAUGAGGAAAUUGCUACCGCCUAAGCAGAUGAAUGGAUCUGCUUGGCAGAUGCAGCUGCCUCUCACUUGCAUGACUGUCUCUGGGAUAAGUUAUAGGGAGCAAGAAUAGUCUUGGAGUGAUGUUUCAGGGUGGGCAGGUUGGUAGGCUGCUGGUGACCAUUUUAAUCAAGUGAAGUCCUCUGACACCCUUUGGUAACAGAAUCAAGCCCAGUGUUGGGUGGCCUAAAGCAAAAACACAAACAAACUCUGAUACCUCUGUAGAAAUACAGAGUUUGGAGUGUUUCCUGGCCACUGAUUUUGGGAAAUGACAUGCAAAAUGUCCAAUUUUAAGAUGCUGGGAACUUUUCAAACAACAAAUUAGAAUGAUCUGGAAUUAGUGGAAGUCAAAUGACAGUUCUAUAUUUUAAAAGCUUUCUUUUCUUUGUAAGUGGCAAUUACAGAAGCCUGGGCCCAAGAAGAUUACUCUUGUAGGGUUUACUUUGUUUUGCAAGAAGAGGAGGGAAGGUUGAUUUUCCACCAGUAUAGACUUCCCAAGAGAGUGUGGUUUGCUAGUUUUUCUAACAUAUCCUUGUCAGCAAGAAUCUUUCCUGGUGGUUUGAAGGACAGGCUGGAAAGGCACCCCACCCCCUUUACAGGCUUAGCCUUGGUUCAAGGGCUGUUUUUUCCGCAACUGAGCACUGACCCAAAACGGCUGCCUCCUUUUUUUCAGUGAACAACAUGUCAAACACUUUAAGAGGGUCAGACUUGUUCUUCUAAGGUCCCCCCUCCACCUCCCGCCACUGCCACCAUGGUUGGACUGUGUGUUUUGUGAACAGAGUAAGGCACACAUGGGGUGGGGUGGGAGGUGAGUUUUACUUCCCCAUUGACCCCAUAGAGUUUUCCCAUGGCUGGGGAGCUUUGACUUACCGACUGUACAGGAAGGCAAUAGAUGUCCCUGUUAAAGGGCCAUGAACCUGCAUGCAUAGCUUCUGUGUUCAGAUCCAUCCUGUUAAGAGCAAGCAGAUUUGCAAGGACAAAGGAAUAAUCUGUGUCUCUGCAUGGUGCUGUCCUUGCAGGUGGAGGAAAGGCUUCUGCUGCUCUGGGGAGACAGGAUUAAGAUCCGAAUUCAGUCUUACUGAGGCACAUUUAAUUUGGUUUCUUUAAAGGAUGGGGGACCAGUUACCCUCUAGGCAUUGUUGGGACCUCAUCUCUCUUCAGCUCCAGCCAGCAUGACCAGGGAUGAUGGGAGCUGCAGCCUGACAAUAUCUAGAGAGUCACAGGUUUCCCCACCCAGAGACAGGAAAGAUGUUGUUUUAUCCCUUUGAACUGAGUUAGAGUAUAUAACUACCCUCCCUGCUUGAUUGGUCAUAAGUGUUGCUAGGUAAAGACAUGCUGCCUUCUCUGUAUUCUUAAGGAUGCUACA